AAGCAACCAUGUCCGGCCCAGUCCCCCUGCCCCCGCUCCCACCGUUCACCCGCGAAACGGCCCACGCAAAGGUCAAGGCGGCGCAGAACAAGUGGAACACUUGCGACCCGGCGCUCGUCGCGCCGGCGUAUACCCCCACGAGCGUGUGGCGUAACCGCGACCACUUCUUCAGCGGCACCGAGGCGAUCAAGGCGUUCCUGACGGACAAGUGGGCGCGCGAGCACAACUACAAGUUGCGGAAGGAGCUGUUCGCGUUCGAGGGGAACCGCAUCGCCGUCGAGUUCUGGUACGAACACUCUGCUACCCCCGACCCCAGCAGCCAGUGGUUCCGGACGUACGGGCUCGAGCACUGGGUGUUUGCCGAGGACGGGCGGAUGAAGAGCAGGCAGAUGUCGGGCAACACUAUCGAGAUCGCCGAAGCCGACAGGUGGUUCAAGGACGGCGUGGAUGUCGACGCUGGGUCAGUGCCUGCGGGGCACAUCUCGUCGGCGUACGAGGCGUAGGCGAGCGGGUGCUGCCAAGUGCACGAAUAUACUAUGUCUGUCGCAUCUAUGCCACAUCGUCUAUGUCUAUGCACG